GGGGCUGGCGCUGCCCGGGCCGGGAUUCCAUGCACGGAGCUGGGCGCUGCUGCUGCUGCUGCAUCCAAGCCCCUGGCCUCGGCCCCGAGCCGUCAGCGGCUGCCUGGCCUCGCGCGGGCGGAGCCGGUGCAUGAGGCUGCAGGCGCCCCCGGUGGGGCAGCCUCCGCGCAGAGGAGACGAGCCGCGCGCCGCGCCUUAGCUUCCCCGACGCGCUGUGGGGAGGGGGCCUCGGGUUGUUUUGCAAGCCCCGGCAGCACCGGGCUCUGGGGAGGGCGGCGGGGAAGGGAGGAGGCCUCGCUCUCUGCAUUGCAAGGGCGGGCUUCGCCAAGGGGGCUGCUAGUUAUUUCGUUUGCCUGGCUGUGCGAGCUCCCCACCGCGGCAGAGUAUUGGGGCGGGGGCCGUGGUCAGAUGAGCCCAGCCUCGCUCCAGAGCCCGGACCCUGCCACCUGAGGAAGGCAGCAAGGAGGGGAGCGCCCGCCCCGCCGGAUUUCUCCUUUUCAGAGAUUUGCUUUUAGUGCGACUGGCCGUGGGUUGGGGGUGCAACUUGGUGCAGAAUGACCCAUCCAUUGCAUCGGUGGCUAUCAACCCCCACCUGCCUACUCCACGUCUACCGCAGGUGACCCCGUUGGAGGCGAUUAUAUGGCUGGUGACCCUCCUUCUCCCAGGACACAAAUUUCUUCCUUCAUUUCCGACCCUCGGAUCCUGUCCACGUGAGGGGGAGAUAGGAAUCGCCUUCCAAUAUUUUAUAGGCGGGUUACAUUUUCGGACGGGUGUGUGACAUCCUAGAGCUGUUGAAUUUUUGGCUUGACUAUUGUGGCGUGCAUCUCUCUCCAAAGAGACAGAAGUUGCCUAGGCAGAGAGGAUUGAGCUACUUACAGAAUCCUUAAGCCAUAAGCUUUGCCAGUGAGUGGAAGAGAGCGUGUGUGUUAUUUAUUUGGUGCAUGGGUCUGAUUUUUUUUAAAGGGUAAAGUCUUCCAUGUGGUUUGCAAAAAGAAACUGAGUAGUUGUGGGCACAGUGUUGUAAAAGCUGUUUAAGUUCCUUUUCCCUAUAGCUGCAGCGGGUUGGGGAACUGAAGUCUGUGUCAUUUAACAACUUCCUCAUUUGUAAAGUUUUUGCUGCUUGGGUGGGGGUGGUAGGUCAGCUUGGUGUGUGCAAUUUACUACAUUGCUGCUAAAUUCAGGGGUUGGUGUUGCAUCCUUGCUUUAGCAAGGGGGUGGAGAAAGCUGAAAGCAAAUGAACUUAGGGAAGUGUUUUUAGCUGGAAGAAAUGGUUUACAAAUAUCUUUUAAAAUCCAGUCUUAAAUCAGAGAGAGCACAGUCAGGUUGAAGUUGAAUGCACUAAUAUUUAGGGGUUUGCAAAAAAAGGGAUAGGAGUUUUGCUGCUAGAAUUGCCCCCUAAAAAUUAUCCUAUAGUCACCAAAGUUUAGAGGGAGCCAGUUUCAAAUCCUUGUUAGCUUCUGAUUCAUCAGGGUCACUCCUGAGGGGAGAUGUGUCUGAACUGGAUAGCCUGAUUCAUUCCCCCUUGGGAGACAGGUGGGGAAGAGAGACUUGGGAUUCAGAGUGAAAACUCUUUGCUUUCCAAAUAGACUAGAAACUUUUCUUAACCCAGGCGUGAGAAGCUACCUGGACUUCAGCCGAAUUUAUCCUCUGCAUCAGGCUGCCCUUUGGAUAUAUAGGCAAUUCUCUUACCACUGUUGUAGCUGAGUAGGGGACAGGUAUGUGUGCACGUGCAUGGGGAGAAUGCCUUCUGCAAUGAUUCAAGCCAAAGUGGGUGUCUCAUUGGGUCUGAAGCUUUGAAUGUACCUGUGGACUUAAAGUAAGGCCCCAGGCCUGGAAUCCUCUUGGGAAUUGGAAACUGGACGAUCACCCCAGCUGGGGCGUGAAGAGAAGCUGUGUUGGAUACGUGUUGCCCUCUUGCCAUGGGGCACAUGCUGAGGAUGCAAAUGGCCUAUAUUCCUGCCAUGUUGGACACCUCUUCGGAGUGCUAACAGGCACUGUUUUACCCAGCAUCCUCUUGGCUUAACUGGAGUAGCCUGGUCUAUUGGAGGAGAAGCCAAGUAGCUCUGAUAGCUGUCCCACCUGUGAACAUGGAGACCAAGCUGCCCCCUGCUGGCACCCCUACCAGCCCCUCGUCCCCAGGGCUGUCACCUGUCCCCCCGCCUGAUAAAGUGGACGGUUUCUCCAGGCGCUCCCUGCGCCGUUCUCGUCAGCGUCGCUCUCACAGUUCAUCCCAGUUCCGCUAUCAGAGCAACCAACAGGAGCUGACCCCCCUGCCUUUGCUAAAAGACGUGGCAGUGGCGGAGCUGCAUGAGCUGCUGUGCAAGAAGCUCCAGCAAUGCUGCGUGCUCUUCGAUUUCCUGGACUGCGUGGCUGACCUCAAGGGCAAGGAGAUCAAGCGGGCGGCUCUCAACGAGCUGGUGGAGUGCGUGGCCACCAACCGUGGCAUCCUCAUUGAGCCCGUCUACCCUGAGAUCAUCAAGAUGAUCUCUGUCAACAUCUUCCGGACGCUCCCGCCCACCGAAAACCCUGAGUUUGACCCUGAAGAGGACGAGCCCAACCUGGAGCCCUCAUGGCCCCAUCUACAGCUGGUGUACGAAUUCUUCCUCCGCUUCCUGGAAAGCCCUGACUUCCAGCCCUCUGUGGCCAAGCGCUAUGUUGACCAGAAAUUCGUGCUGCUGCUGCUGGAGCUGUUUGACAGCGAGGACCCACGGGAGCGCGAGUAUCUCAAGACCAUUCUGCACCGGGUCUACGGCAAGUUCCUGGGGCUGCGUGCCUACAUCCGCAAGCAAUGCAACAACAUCUUCCUGCGGUUUAUCUACGAGACAGAGCAUUUCAAUGGCGUAGCCGAGCUGCUGGAGAUUCUUGGCAGCAUCAUCAAUGGCUUCGCCCUUCCGCUCAAGACGGAGCACAAGCACUUCCUGGUGCGGGUGCUGAUCCCGCUGCACUCGGUCAAAUCCCUCUCCAUCUUCCACGCCCAGCUGGCAUACUGUGUGGUGCAAUUCCUGGAGAAAGAUGCCACCUUGACGGAGCAUGUGAUCCGGGGACUGCUGAAAUACUGGCCGAAGACCUGCACUCAGAAAGAGGUGAUGUUCCUGGGGGAGAUUGAGGAGAUCCUGGAUGUGAUUGAGCCCUCGCAGUUUGUCAAGGUGCAGGAGCCACUCUUCAAACAAAUUGCUCGCUGCAUUUCCAGCCCCCACUUCCAGGUGGCAGAGCGGGCUCUGUACUUCUGGAACAAUGAAUAUAUACUGAGUCUGAUUGAGGACAAUUGCCAUACGGUGCUGCCUGCCAUCUUUGGCACCCUCUACCGGGUCUCCAAGGAGCACUGGAAUCAGACAAUUGUCUCCCUGGUCUACAACGUGCUCAAGACCUUCAUGGAGAUGAACGGGAAGCUCUUUGAUGAGCUCACGGCCUCCUACAAGGUGGAGAAACAGCAGGAGCUGAAGAAGGAAAAGGAGCGUCAGGAGCUCUGGAAGCAGUUGGAUGAGCUGCAGCUGAAGAAGCUGCAGGGUCUGGAGGAGGCACAAAUGAACCGGCUCAAUCUCCAGCACAGCCUGGGCUUGCAGAGUGGCAACAAGAGUUAGAGGUGCCCAGCCAGCCGCCAGCCCCUCCCCUGCCCAGCCUGUGCCAAACCAGAGCUGGCCCCUUCAUGCUGCAGGAGCCCAUGGCCUCCCAGCCAUUGCCAUCCCCAUCCCCAUCCCACCAGGGACAUGGAUCCAAAAUGGGACUGGAGGGAGGCACCCCUGCCUCAGCAAUUGCACCCCACUUGGGCUGGCACGUCUGCUAGUCACCUCUCCAUGGUGUACACUUAACACAUCACCCCACAUGACUUCCAUGGGUUCUAGCUGGCACAGGGGCAUGUUGUUGUGGGUAGCCCCAGUGCCUCCACUCCUUGGGGAUGCAGGGCCCAGUAUCAGCCCCUUGCUGAUGGGGCAGGGCCAGGCUAUGUCUUGGGGUAGGAGCUGAGUAAGGAUGCAAUAGAUGUGGGGGAUGUGCAGGACCUCUGGUGAAGGGGUCCCCAUGGCUGCUGGGGUGAAUUGCUGGUGAUUCCUCCCUUAGCGGUUACCUAUCUCAGCUGUUCUGGUCCAGAGAGCCACCUCUGACUGGCAUAUGGGCUAUAACAAGGGAGCUAGAUGGGGGAGCCAGUUUAGCCAUGCCCAGUGCAAGCUGAACAUCCCAGCCCCCCUGCCAUAGUGCAGUGGCUUGUGCCUGGCUCUGCUGUUGCGGAUGGAUGCCCCUCUCCCGUGUAUUUUAAAGCAAUAGACCCUCCCAUUCCAACCUAGGGUUCCUAAUGCAAGAGGGAAGGGAGAAGAGCCCUUUACUAGAGGCUAGGAGUUCAGUUCCUGUCCCCUGCCCCUCUGCAGGAUGGGUGUGGGGCUAGCAGAAAUGGGCAGGGUCCACUGGUGACCCUGGAUGUGGUGAGACUGAGCUGCUGUUAUGGGAAGAACUCUGAAAGAUGUCAGCUGAGUCGUGCAUUGAUCCUUCUCCACCUGUCUCCUUGGCUCAUUGCUGCAGCCCCUGGGGCAGAUCCAUCCCUCAGCCCUGGAGUCUGCUGCCCAAAACCUGGCAAUUUGCUUAGUGGGACAUUUUCUGAGUUCCCCCUAUUGUGCACCCCACUUCACUCCCCUACAGAAACAGCUUGGGGGAGAUCUCCCUGUCCCAUAUUAAUACAAGCCACAAUCCUGACCCCAUUCAUCAGCACACCCCAUUAUUCUUGCCAUGCCACCCCAUCUGAGUUCCCUGCACAUACAGCAUGGGGGAGAUUCCCCCCCAUAUAGCUGUGCACAAUCUUGACUCCCCUGCACAAACAUAUUUUGGGGAAAUUCCCCUGUCACAUACCCCCCCAUGCCUCAGUAGAAUCCAGGCUUCUAUAGGAUUCUGCAUUCUCCCCAUCACUGCCCCAAGAGGGAAAUUUUUCCCCUGAUAUAAAUGCCCAGAUGGCAGGCAUGUUGGAGGGGGCGCUGUAGUGCCCCCAGAUGGAGGACCAGCUGCCACGGAUGUGAGGACAGAGGGAGUUAAUGGGGAGGCUGGGAUGGGAAGCCUGUUGUCAGCUUCUAUCUGACACUUUUUUGGGGGGGAGGGGGGACAAUGCUAAAGGAGUGGGAGGAAAGCGGCUGGGGAACUGGACCUGGGGUCCAUGAGGGUGUGGGUACCCCUCCCUGGAGAUGGGAAGGAAGAGAGCAGGUUUGUAGGCUCAGUCUCUCCUGACUCCCUCCCCCCCCUUGUCUUGGUUCAGCUCUUGGGAGCAUAUUCCUUAUUGCCAUGACCCCUCACCCUAGCAGCUGUCAGCUGCUGCCAUCACUUCAAAAGUUGCUUCCUUUUCAAUUCUUGUUGGAAAUGUUUGUGGCAGUCUUUUCAAAACACACCCCUUCUUCAAAUGGUGCAGUGUGCAACAUGCCCCCAGAUCGUACAGUCAGUAUACCAUCUAAACAAGGAAGGUGUAUGGUCCAUUCUGCUUUUCCCCCCCAUGGGGAGUAAUCAAGUCAGUCCAGCCAGCCCCUUUCCCAGCUGAGAGUCUGAAUAGACUGUACCAUCUAGGGAAAUAAAGGGGGGAGGCUGAGAAGAUGACUGUUGGAAGUGGUCUUGGAGUGGAUUAUACCAUCUGGCCUCCAUUGUUGCCUGUCUGGGUCUAAAGAGGGAGGGUCUGCAUAUGGAAGGUAGAGAAGGGUGCUGAAUAAUCUGUACAAUUUGGAGGGGCUAAAUAGGCUGUGCCAUCUCAGGAGAUGGGGGGAGAGGAGAGAGGUUUAGGACUGUUCCAUUCUGGGAGAUGGGGGAACAAUAUGGAAUAGCAUUGCUGAGUUGGGGAAGUUAAAUGCAAGUCUUCCAACUCUUAACAACUGGUGAGGGGGAUUAGACUAUAUGAGAGGGAGGUUGGACUUGGCCAUUCCAGCUAUGGGUGCAUAGUUUCUACUGUAUGAAAGGAAGUGUGCUAAAUGGAAUCUUCCAUUGCUGGGGACAGGAGCAGUUGACUGCUCUGUGGCAUAUUGAAUAAUAGACUAUACCAUUUGGGUGGGUGGGUGUCACCUGAAAGUCCUGAAUAGACUGCCAUUUGAAGGGGGUGUUGAAUAGACUUACCAUCUUUGAGUAUGGGGGUUGAGAAAUGCUCAAUUUCUAAUCCUGUUGAGCCCAUGCUUUUCCAUCUUCAAUGUCUUAAUUUUCUUCCCAUCUUCAAGUGCCGGCGCUGGCCAAAAGGCAUCCCGGGUAUCACAUCAUGCCCUUGAUAGUAGGCAUGACUUAAAAUAUUUAACAGUUCCCUGGUGGGAGGGGUUAUUUUUUAAUUACUAUUUUAUUGGUGGGAGUAGUGGGAUAUUUUUAAUUUAAACCUUAAUUUAUUUGUAGCCACUCACGCCAUGCAGUGACUGUAGUAACUGGGUGCACAAUUGUCUUAGAUACAGCAGCAACGUAGUUACCAUGAGAGGAAUUGGGUUGGGAAUGGACACCAGGGGUUAUUUUUGAGGGAGGAGGAAUUCAGGGGGAAGGGCUGAGUUUAAAAAAAACAAGAGGUUAAAUUACUAUAUUUAAGAUGAUUUAAAGUUGCCCUCCUUCCUCUCUCCCUCCCUCCCCUUAUUUUUGUUUGCUGGAUAAGUCUGAAUUCAAUAAAGAGAUACUUUCAUGUC